AAGAAAAACAACAACAAUUUGUAAACAACUAUCUGAUAUAAACAAAAAAGAACUAUAUAAUUCUAAGGAUAAUACUAGAAAAAGAAAAUUGCACUCUAAAUUUCACACAGCAAUAUGAUUAAAACAAAUAAAUAUAAGAAUAAAUGUCGAACAUGUUUGAAUGGCUCCAAAGGACUACAAUUGUUAACAAAAAUGAUAACAGAAGAAAAAGACGAAAGAAAGUCUUAUGGUGAAGUGCUAAAGGAUUUAACACAAAUUGAUAUGAUGGAUGAAACUUGCAAGGAAAUGCCUCAAAACAUAUGUGGUUGCUGUAUACGUAAAUUAAAAGCCGCAUAUGCAUUCGUCCAGCAAGCUCAUGAAGCUAAUGAUAAAUUGUGGUCUAUGAAUAAUGAAAUUGAUGAAGAUAAACCCAUAGAUUGCCUGCAGGAAGCUCAGAUAGAUAUACAAAAUUGUUUAGAAAUAAAAAUGGAAGAUGAGGAAACGGGAGAAAACAAUAAGCCGGAAUUAACUAAAAUUGAGGUGAAAUUUAAACUAGAAGAACCGGAAGACAGUGGUAGUGCAAUUGCUACUACAGCAACAGAUAAACUUGCAAAUGCAAAAAAGAAAAUACUCCCCUCAAAGAUGUGCUCGAAACUACUUCACCGCUACAGCAAAAAGAGAUUAUGUCUGAUAGUGAAGAUGAUUAUGAUGAUGAUAUUUUUGAUAAAGACUUUACACAGCCUGAUGAAAAAGGACUAAGCGAUAGUGAGGAUGAAUCAGUAACAAGCAACGAUUCCGAUUGGGCUAAAGAAAAAACUACAACAACUGCUAAAACAAAAGAGACUGCAGAUAAAACCAAAACUCCUGUGCGCUCCAAAAAGAAACUAAAAGAAAACCAAGUUGAUGAUAAUAUACCCACACCGUGUGACCAAUGUGAUCGUGUAUUUCCAAAUGCUCGCUUAUUAAGUCGUCAUAAACGUCAUACACACGUACCCGAAGAGUUAAAAGUACAAUGUCCUUACUGUACGGCAAAAUUUGGACGACGCCACAAUAUGUAUGCCCACAUGAGAACACAUCACAAAGACAAACCGGUAGAAGAACACAUAACACAACAGAGAAAGUUUCCACGUCAAUUUGCUUGUGAACAAUGUGAUGGUGUUUAUACUAGCAAAUAUUAUCUGCUAGCUCAUAUGAAUCUCAAACACAAUCCUGACAAUGCAUCGCAAAAACCAAAACGUGUUGCUCUGCCUAAAAAACGUUUCCUUUGCACUCUGUGUGGUUCCAAAUUCGAUACACAAUCAAAUUUAGAUGUACACAUACGACGUCACACUGGUGAUAAACCCUUUAAAUGUGAUCUCUGUGAACGUUCCUUCUAUCGGCCGUGUGAUGUGCAAGCCCAUCGUCGUUCACACACCGGAGAGAAACCAUUCAAAUGUACAAUAUGUGAAAAACCUUUCGCCAGAUCGAAUAAAUUAAAAAUUCAUAUGCGUACACAUUCCAAUGAACGUCCCUAUAAGUGUGAUCAGUGUGAGAAAGCCUUUAAACAUUCAAAAGAUUUAAAUAUACACAAGCGAAUACAUACGGGUGAAAGACCGUAUACGUGUGGUGUGUGUCAGAGUACUUUUACCCAGAGUAAUUCCUUAAAAUUGCAUCAGACAAAACAGCAGCAUUUUGAAAUUAUCGAUCAAGUGGUGUCGUCAUGUAUCAAAGAACAAACACAUCGAGAUCUCCCUCAAUCAAUAUGCGAUAAAUGUAUACGUAGUCUAAGAACUGCCCAUAAAUUUAUACAACAAGUGAAAGAAGUCCAUGAAAAACUAAAUUUUAUGCUAAAUGAGAAAUUGUCUAGCAUACAGAAAAUCCAAAACCCUAAAGGAGAAAAGAUGGAAAUUAAAGUUGAAAAUAGUGCUCUGGAAGCAGAGGGUAAAAUGGAUUGUCUACAGGAAACACAAAUCGAUUUAGAAACGUUUUUAGAAAUAAAAAUUGAAAGCAAACAAAUAGAAAAGGAAAUGGACUCAUUGGAUCGUUUAAAUGAAACUAUAGAAAUUAAAGAUGAAAAUAGGGGAAAAAGAGAUAAUUUGCAAAACAAGAGUUCUAUGAUCGAUAAGGCACAAGCUGUAUUCAAUAAUGAGACAAAUGAUUCUGAAUCUGUAGACACAAAUAUUACAGAUUCGGAUUCAGACUGGCAGGAAAGAGAAAAUGAAUCGGAGAGGAAAGUACUUAAACAGAAAAGGCUAUCAGCAGACAAAAAGGACAUUAAUGUUGCAACUAAAUCAAAUAAUAACAAUAAAGAUGCAAAUGAAACUAACAAAAUUUUAACAAAAACGAAAACCUUAAGCAAAGUGAAUAAAUGCUUCAAUGAAGAAAUUGUCGAAUCGGCCAUACCCUGCAGUGUUUGUAAUAAAAUAUUUCAAAAUUCUAAAGCCUUAGAAAGUCAUCUAAAAAUUAGUCAUAUACCAGAAGAUAAGAAAUGUUCAUGCCCCUUAUGUGGCAACAAAUAUGUAAAAUAUAGCAAUAUGUAUGCUCACAUGCGUGCGGCACAUGGGCAAGAUUCUGUUAUUUAUAUGAAUAAACCCGAAAGACCAGAAAGUGAUUAUAUCUACAAAUGUGAUAAAUGCCCCAAAAAGUAUUGCCAGAAAAAAAGUCUGGUCAAACAUAAACAAUCAAAACAUUCUCCGCGUGCAAUAGAAACAAAAAAGAAGAAACCACCUGCUGUAAAUCCGGACCUUUUGGAAGUAUUAACGAAUAUUCUGCAGGGGCAAAGGGAGAUAAAUACUCGACUUGAGAAAAUUGAACAAACUCAAACAAGUAUUAUUAAUAACCAAAACCUAUUAAGCAAUGCUCAGGAUGCGAUUGUGGCAAAUCAACAGCAAAUUGCCAAUAAAUUGGAGGACAUAGAAACAAGUAUUAUGUCAAAACCUGAGAUGAUGGCACAGUCCAGAGUGCUAGUGCAACGCCAGGUGGCCAUUAAAAAAGUAAAUAAAUCCGUGUGCCCCAUGACUGACGAAAUUAAUGAAAAAACUCUGAACGAACUCGACAAUAUGCUUCCUAUGGCGACCCUAGAGGCAGUAGAGGAAUUGGAAGAAAAACUAAGCAAUCGAAAGUUUGCUCAAACAAUGAAAAAUAAAAAAAUAAUAAACCAUGAAUGUCGCACCUGCUUUAAUGCGACCAAAGGUUGGAAUCCGCUUACAGCAAAGACACGAGAUUAUAAGAAACGUUUUAAGUCCUAUGGUGAACUUUUACAGGAUAUUACUAAUAUCAAUAUCAAGGAUAACAAAUCUCAAGAAUUACCACAAUUUAUUUGCGGUGACUGUUCACGUCGCCUAAAAUCUGCCCAUAAUUUCAUACAACAAGCUGCUGAAGUUAAUGAACAACUUUAUGUUAUGUUAAAUGAAAAAUUACAAUGUUUGCAAGAAACGCAAAUCGAUAUGGAAACUUGUAUGGAAAUAAAAGAGGAACCAGAACUGGCAAAAGAAAAUUUGAAAUGUUUAGAAGAAACUCCAAUCGAUUUAGAACCUUGUACAGAAAUUAAGGUUGAACAUGAAGCAGAAGUAAAAGGAAAGGAAACAUUAGAUUGUUUGCAGGAAAUACAAAUUGUUGAGAAUGUUGGUCUUGAAGUGAAUACAGAAGAAGAAAACAAGCGUAAAGGGCUAGAACAGUGUAAUUUGAUUGAGGCCGAAAAAUUGGAAAAAAAGUUGCAAAGAAUAAAAAAAUCUGUGUUAGAUAAAGAUGUUAACUCCGAUUUGGAAUCUCAGCAAUCUGAAGGCUCUGACUGGGAAGAUGAUAAUAAAACAACAAACAGUAAACAGCCUCAAAAUAAAGUGAUAAAAACAAACGAAGCUCAAGCUCCCACAAAAAAGAAAACUGAAUAUACAGAUAUAGCUGUACCUUGUGAUAAAUGUAAUAAAAUUUUCAAAAAUUCCAAGCUAUUGGCAGUACACCAAAGAAUAAGUCAUAUACCGGAAGAGAAAAAAUGUACUUGUAAUUUGUGUGGCAAUAAAUUUACACGGUAUUGUAAUAUGUAUAAACAUAUGCGUACCUUUCAUGGUCCCGAAACGGUAACUUUAAUAAGCAAACGUCCGGAAGAGGAUUACAUUUAUAAAUGUGAUAAAUGUCACAAAAAAUAUUCUCGAAAAAAGAGUUUAAUCUAUCACACAAAGUUAAAACAUUGCUCAAAAGAAGUUGACGAGAAAAAUGAAAGUAACACAACUAAUAACAAAGAAAGGAAGUCAGUGGAUAAAGGAUCCUUAUGUCCCAUAUGCGGCAGUUCAUUUACUAGUAAAACUCAGUUAACGGUACACCUUAGACGUCAUACAGGUGAAAAACCUUUUAAAUGUGAUUUAUGUGAACGCGCUUUUCUACUCGUAACACAACUCAAUAGUCAUAAACGUUUACAUACCGGUGAAAAACCCUAUAAGUGUCAGGUGUGCGAAAAAGCUUUUCGAGUUUCAGAUGAUCUACGUCAACACAUGCGUACCCAUACGAAUGUUAGACCUCACAAAUGUUUGCAGUGUGAACGUAGUUUUAAACAUACACAGGACUUAAAAAUUCACUUACGUUCGCACACCGGCGAACGACCGUAUGUUUGUGGAGUGUGUGGUGAUAGUUUUCAACGUUAUAAUACUUUGAGAUCACAUCGUUUGAGAAUGGGGCAUGUGGAGAAUUUAACAGAUAAGAAUGAUAAUGAAAUAUUGUAA